AUGGCCACAGAACCCCCCCUCCCAACCCGCGACCCCAAAACCGUCCUCGCCUCCCUCCUCUCCCUCACAGAAACCCGCAUCGUGCCCCUAACAGCCCGCGGCGUCUCCUCCGGCUCAAAACUCUUUGGCGCCGCCAUCCUCUCCUCCGACGACGCCUUAUCCCCCUACACAGUCUCCACAAACGACGAACGCACCUCCCCCCUCCUCCACGGCGAGAUAAACUGCAUCCAAACCUUCUUCACGCGCGACUUCCCCGACCCCUCCACCCGCCCCUCCCCGCGCACCGACUGCGUCUUCUUCGCCACCCACGAGCCCUGCUCCCUCUGCCUGUCAGGUAUCGCCUGGUCAGGCUUCCGGGAGGUGUAUUACCUUUUCACGUAUGAGGACAGCCGCGAUUUGUUUGCGAUUCCGCACGAUAUCAAUAUCCUGCAGCAGGUCUUUCGCGUGCCUGCCGAGGGGGAAGGUGAAGAAGCACUGGGGAGGCGGGAGCUGUAUAACCGGACCAACACGUUCUUCACGGCGCGGAAUUUGGGGGAGUUGGUGGAGGAGAUCGCGGACGAGGGGGAGAGGGCUCAUUGGAGGGCGGAGAUGGAGCGCGUCAAGGGGUUGUAUAACGCGUUGAGUGAGACGUAUCAGGAAGGGAAGAAGGCUGGGGCGGAGAGUUCGAGCGUGUGGAAGUAG